AUGAAUCUAUCAUUCCCAUUGCCUUCCCUGUCUUCAAUCAUCGUCGUUUUUCUUGUUCUCAACUCCUUUGAUUAUGGUGUAAAUGGUGAUAUAGUCAGUGAUUUUUGUAAGAAUGCAUCAACCAGGGAUCCCCAACUCAAGUAUGAUUUUUGUGUUGCAUCUCUUUCAGCAAACCCUGCAAGUAAAAAUGCUCAUGAUCUUUUGGAACUUGGAAUCAUAUCAAUGCAAAUAUGUCUACAGAAUGCAACAUCUAUUCAUUCUUAUAUUGCUCAAAUUUUGAAAGACGGGAAAGGAGAACUAGCAGCAAAGCCAUGUUUAGAAGAUUGUUUAGAUCUUUAUGAGGAUGCUCUUGAUUCUAUUCCAAACGCUAUGCAAUACUUCAAGGCUAAAGAUUAUAGCAGUUCUAAUAUACAAAUGAGUGCUGCCAUGGAUGCUUCAGUUACUUGUGAAGAUGUGUUUAAGGAAUUUGAUUUGACUUCUCCAUUGACCAAACAAGAUGGUGAUUUCUUUCAGCUAACUGCUAUUUCUCUUACCAUUACUAAUAUGGUUUAG